UGACAAGCUUAUGGCGGCUCUCGGCGCUCGUUGCUCGCUUGUUGGCAUUAACGUCUUUUGAAAGUGUCGUGCCGACUUCUGCAGAUGCGGUGCAGCGGCGGGCCCGCUGCUUGACCGCUCAACCAGUUGCAUGAGCGUAUUGUCUUAUCAGUCGCUGCGCGCGGCGGUCAGCAUGAUCGGAGACUGUCAGCCAGGUUGAGUUGCAGCUGUGCCUCUGUCCAGGUUGCCAGAGGCAUGUCCACGUGGGCGCGCCGUGUCCACCGGGGUGCCACCAGCCUGAGCCAGGCGGUGACCUCGUGCGGUGGUGGCCAGGCCCCGUCAUCGCGUCUGGAGCGGGUCAAGUUUGGAGUGCCCCUGGAGCAGCUCUGCAAGGACAGCAGUGACUUGCCUGCACCGCUGCUCGUGCUUAUGCUGCGGCUCAACAAGGAGGCUCCUCGUAAGAAAGACGUCUUUCGGGCACCAGGACAUCAGGGUAACGCACGCAAGCUGGCACACUCCCUGCACCAGGGUCGCCUGGUGAACCUGGACAACUUCUCGGUACACACCAUGGCAUCGGUCCUCAAGCGCUUUCUGCGUAAACUGCCUGGCGGCGUGUUUGGCGCUGAGCUGGAGGCCCAGCUGUUGGUGGCACUGGACCAGCCAGGUGGCCUUGAGGAGCGGCGUGAGCGGGUGCAGCAUCUGCUUGCCCAGCUCCCACUCCCUGCGCAGCGGCUGCUGGUGCUGCUGUUUGGCACGUUCCGCCUGGUUGCCUCGGACCUGAGCCGCACCGGAAUGACGGCCGAGGCACUGGGUGUCAGCGUGGCACCGUCAUUCUUCCGCACCUGCACGGGCAAGGUGGCACGCAUGGAAGAUGUGGCCAGAUUCCGUGCUGCCAGCCGAGCCACACGCUUCCUCAUUGACAAUUUUGGAGUGAGCAACUUGUUUGGCCGGCACAACUACGAGUAUUACGCGCGGCUGACUGGCCGCGUGCUCCGUGUUGAGGAGGACUGGAUCUUUGCCUUCCGGUACCCACCGGACUCGCUGGUGCCGCGCAAGACGUCGCUCGAGGCUGAGCGCUCCUGGCUGCAGGCUGAGGCGCAGCGCUGGGGUCUGCACCAGUCGGCACCUGCGCUCGCGGAGCUGCACGUUGAUGAGGCGGCUGCAUCAUCGUCGUGCCCCUUAGAGCGCCAGCAGGCACAGAGGCUGCGCACUCGCUCCGAGUGGUUCCUAGGUGGCAAGGAGAACGAUGGUCCGCCAAUUGUAUCUGAGCAGGACUGUACGGAACUGGACGUGCGCACAUUUCACGUCACACUCACCUACCAGCCACGGAUCUGACAAGGGCCUUCACCCUGCCACCCAGACGAAGCGGGACCCUCUGGCUGUGAUGACAUCGUCGCUUCUUUCGUCGGUGGCACUGCGAGUGGCUCUGGCAGUUGCUGUCCUGCGGGUGCGGGUAAAACCUCUUUCUAGUGCAUCCCCUGCAUGACUGCCAGUGCUGCCUCCCUGUCUACUGCUUCUGCUGAUGAUCUUUGGUGGACUGAGUGCUUCAGGCUGUUUGGUUUUUUUUUUUACUAGUGGGCUCGUUUUAACUUGCAAAAGUGCGCUACAGGUGGGAUAGAAGUGACAGGGACAAUGUACAACAAUCUUUAUUUCCAUCUUGUCUAUAGUGCACUCGUUAGUUCAGAUGUGAAUACAUGUAACUCACCUGAAUUGACGCAUUGUUGGGCUUGUCUUAAUUGAGGCCAUCUUCGUUCACGUGUGUUGCAAGGUCUGUUCUGCCGGCGGCUUUAGCAUUUGCUGUCUUGCAGGUUGUAAUACUUGAUCUUCCCAACUCUUGCAUCUCGGCAAAUGCGGUUUGUGCCGCCAGCUGAAUGCAUCAUAGAGGAUCAGAAACUCAGAAUGACCUCACAUGGCCAGCUUUUGUAAACAAACCUCGCUGGACAUUGGUCUCCCUUGCUGUUUUGGUCUCAUCAGCACAUUGCUAGUUAUAUUACGAAGGUGUCAACAUUGUUAUGUGAAGGUGUAUCCUGCUUUUCUUUCCCGUGAUUGGGAUGGAUUCAGGUGGACCAAGAGGGGGAAAUGGGAACUGGCAAUCAGCAGUCUUAAUACUAGUGGUUUAAGGCAAAAACAGUGUGAAGUGAUACCAUAAAAGAAAGACGUGUGAUCUUUGCACUGCUUUCACCCUAACCUGCAUACCUACCAAUCAGCCCACAUCAAGACAACUUUACAAGCGAGCUUGCCUUUGUUAGGCCAUGUUGGCUCUAUUUAAGAGCGUCCUUUCUCACCUACUUUCAGUUCAUUGUGUGAAGUAUGUAUUCCAAAGAUACAACUCUGGUCUUCUUAUUGUUUUUUUUCUUAGAAUUGUGUUCCUUGUACAUGUCACAGUUUGUUCUCAGGCGAAAUGCUGGAAGGUUAUCGGCACGUUUUUCUUCCCCCUUUCUAAUUAUCAUUACACCUGCCAAAGUUGGCAACUUUGUCACAGCCGGAAGCCGUUUGCCUCGUCUCAUUUGGGUGGUGGAGUUGUGUGGUUGUGGUGUAAAAGAACUGCAUUUAUGGCAGACUUGACUGUUGAUACCUCGGUUGUGAAAAUUGUUGUGCAUUAAUUUAUUUCCCCAAUGUUGUUCAUUUUCCACCGUCGAUGUUCAUUUAUUGUGGAGAAUCCUAGUAAGUACACUUAGCAGGUAUGUUUUACAAAUCCCCAUGUCUUUUGCAUUUGUCGGCGUUUAGUUUGCAUGCAUGAUGAAACAUGCACAGCCAUUUUUUGAAUAUCUUGAGGAUGCAUUGUUUUCUUUUGCAUCCUUAAUAAAGUUUAUACACAAAGAA